UCGUUGACAUACAUUGAAUCAUAAACAAGCUUACUUCUCCAACAAAAUAGAAGAACACAAAAAACGAGGAAAAGGACAAAACGUGAAACCAAAGUUAAGUGUUGAUUUUUUGCUCAAACAAAAUCUUCUGUAUCGAUAGAAUAAAAAUGAGAAAAUGUGUUUAAUACUCCAUAGUUGUACGGCGAGAUUACCUCACGCGCAAAAUCUUCAAAUUGAGCUAAAACAGGACCAAGUUCAGGCUUCCUUCAAACCCCAAUGAAAAAAAAAGAAACCGAUAUUUAUUAAAUUGGUCUCUGAGAAGCCAAUGCAUAUAAAUAGAAGAUCUUCAUUGGAUUCGAAACCAGUUAAACCCAACAUGGGUGGAUUUUUGGCAGAGAAGAACUCUAAUUCCAAAAUCAGGAACAGCUUCACUUCGAAAUGCUCUUCUCUGAUGAAACGACAACAUGCUCGUCUCUGUAUAAUUCGACUCUGCGCCACAAUGCUCCUCCGCUCUUACAUCGAUCACGACGAUUGCUAAUAAGUAGAGUUACCAGAAGAUUAAACUUAAAAUUAUGUUAACUAAUAAUGUUUUUCGUCCAUCUCUGAUUCGUCUAGUGGAUCGGGUCUCUUUUGGGCCUUUAGGCCUCUCUCCUCUCUUAACGGAUUUGGGUUUUUAGCUACAGCGACUGAUUAAGGGUAUCUUUAUCAAUGUUCCGCCGGAGAGGGAUUUCACGGCGUCAGUUCUUACAUUUUUCCGGCCAGUCCGGAUUUUUAUGUCUCUAUUUUUCUUUUAAUGUUCUGUUCAAUUGGUGGUUAGUGCUUGUAAUAAUGUAGUAAUGAUGUAAUAAGAGGGUGUAAUCUUGUGUAACUAUAAGAGCAUGGGCAGUGGGGCAAGCAGUGGGUGUGAUUCUUGGGGUAUAGGACCUAUAGGUAUUA